AUGGCUGAGGGGCAGCAGCAGGUUGCCCGCGGCGGGGACGCCUGGGAAAUCGACGUGGAGAGUCUGGAGGAGCUGGGCGACGGCGAGCAGGCUCCGGCGGCGGCGGCGGAGCACAGCCCCGGGCUGCAAGCUCACGAGGACGACGACGAGGACGACGACGACGAGGACGAGGACGGGGAGGAGGACGACCACGACGACGGGCCGGCCGGCGAGCUUCUCCGGCAGCCCGCGCUUCCUCAGCCGCAGCUGGCGCCUGCCUCCGCGGCGGCGACGGAGCGGGCGGCGGGGCUCGCCGGGGAGCCGCAGGCCCGCAAGCUGAGCCGCACGCCCAAGUGCGCGCGCUGCCGCAACCACGGCGUCGUGUCGUGCCUCAAGGGCCACAAGCGCUUCUGCCGCUGGCGGGACUGCCAGUGCGCCAACUGCCUGCUGGUGGUGGAGAGGCAGCGCGUCAUGGCCGCCCAGGUGGCGCUCCGCCGGCAGCAGGCGACCGAGGAUAAGAAGGGGCUGACUGGGAAACAGACUAACUUUGAGCGCAAGACAGUGUACCAGAGGCAUGUCCGAACACCCAGUUUGCUGGCUAAAAGCAUUUUAGAAGGUUAUCGUCCCAUUCCAGCAGAUCCCUACCUUGGAGGAAAUUCAUCCUUGCCAACUCCCGUGAGUGACAGAAUGAGAAAAAGGCGAGCUUUUGCUGACAAAGAGCUGGAGAACAUCAUGCUUGAGAGGGAGUAUAAAGAAAGAGAAAUGAUGGAAGCCACACAGGCGGCUGCCUUUUUCUUGCCUAAUCGCAUAAUGCAUGGGGCUGAAUACAUCCCUUACAAAACUGCUUUUUCUCCUAAUCAGGUCGACGCUUCCAAUAAAGAGUUUUGUGGCUUCCUGCCAGCCUGCCUAGAUUUAACUAUGCAGUAUUCGGGUUCAGGGAACAUGGAGCUGAUUUCAUCAAAUGUGAGUGUGGCCACCACCUACAGGCAAUACCCUUUACCCUCCAGGUUCCUGGUGUGGCCGAAGUGUGGUUCCCUCAACGAUGCCUUUCUGUAUCAGCAGUGCCUCCUCAAUGCUACUGCGGUCCAGUCCCUCAAACCUGGGGCAGUCUGGGAUCCCACGGCUUCACAAGGUCCGGAUUAUCCAAAGCCUGACGCUGACAUGUUGCCAUCAAAGAAUGAAAGCUCCUUCCUUCUUCCUCAUGUUCGAGAUACUCAGGUGCCUCAAAAUGAACUCCAGCACAUCCCUCAGGAGACACGAGAGAGGUCAGCCUUCUCACCCCCUAAGAGAACUUUCUCACAAAUCUCUGACAAGGAGACUCUGGUUCCUCCAGAACCUUCUCUCAGCAAGUUCAGCAAAGAAAUAGCCAAACAGCAUUUACCACAACUGCCAUCCAAGUACAGUCCAUUCCAUUCAUUAUUCCAGCAGAAAUUAUACAACAAAUCAGGACCAGAGUUAAAAGCAACAUUUGAUGAGGCAUCCAAGAAGUACAGAGAGUCUAACAUCAAAGAUAACCAAAAGUACAAAUUCACCAUUGACAGAUAUGCAAAAGAAGUUGUAACAAAAUUGUCAACAAAUGAGCCCUUGUCAUUUUCUGUUGAAUCAAUUCUUAAGCGACCAUCUUCAAUGCUCACCAAUGUGUCUCAAUAGCUGUCAAUUGUAUAGAUAAAUAGUGUGACCUUCCAAUGACUCAAGCUAGUGUAUUUGCACUUACAGUGGCAAUCCUGACCAUAUGAACCAGGAAGUGAAUAAGUUGAAUUAACUCCUGAGUAAAAAUGU